AUGUCGUGGGCAGGCUUCAAGAAGAAUGUCAACCGCGCUACGACGCAGGUCAUGAUGAAGACCGGCCACGUCGAGAAGACGAACGACCGCGAUUACGAAGUGGAGGAGAGGCGGUUUCGCACCAUGGAGGCCGCCUCCUUGCGCCUCCAGAAGGAAGCGAGAGGCUACCUAGACUCGAUACGAGCUAUGACCGCGUCGCAGAUGCGCAUUGCCGAGACGAUCGAUGCCUUCUACGGAGAUGCCGGCGCGAACGACGGUGUCAGCAGGAGCUACAAGCAGGCCGUCGAGGACCUGGACUCCGAGACGAUAAAAGCCCUGGACGGCCCGUACCGUACCACGGUGCUAGAGCCCAUCACCAGGUUCUGCGCAUACUUCCCCGACGUCAACGAAUGCAUCAAGAAGCGGGGCCACAAGCUGCUCGACUACGACGCGCUGCGGGCCAAGGUGAAGAAGCUGGCGGAUAAGCCGGACAAGGACGUGACGAAGCUGCCGCGCACCGAGAAGGAGAUGGAGAUCGCGCGGGCGGCCUACGAACAGCUCAACGAGCAGCUGUCGUCGGAGUUGCCCCAGCUGAUCGACCUGCGCGUGCCCUACCUCGACCCGAGCUUCGAGGCCCUCGUCAAGAUCCAGCUGCGCUUCUGCGCCGAGGCCUACAGCCGCAUGGCCCAGGUCCAGCAGUACCUCGACGCCGACACUAGGGAUCAGUACGCGCAGGGACACCUGGACUCGCGCGUUGAGCAGGUCCUCCAGGAGAUCCGCGAGCUCAGCAUCAGCGGUACCGUCUAA